UGGUUAUUAUUAUGUGAAGAAAACAGAGAGAGAGAGAGAGAGAGAGAGAGAGAGAGAGAGAGAGAGACCAUGAAAGUCUUACAAUAACUGAACUUUGAUGACUUUGAUUCAUUUGUUGAGUGAUUCAAAAACUUCCCAUAACCCAACUGAGAAAACAUUUUUGCUCUCUCUCUCGCUAAAAAACCAUGUCCAUAUCAAUCUGUCAAGUCUAAGGAAGUUGCCUGGAUCGGUCUGGCCAUUUGUCUAAUCUGAUCAACAACUUUGAAGGACAAUGAUCGAGGCGUCUUCAUGUUCUUCAUCAUCAAAAAUGAAUGACGGAAGAUUAUGAACACAAAAAUAGGAGGAUUGGGAACAAAUUCUGCCUCAAAAGCAUUGAAAUGACAAUAAUAGAAACUGAAUAAUCUUGAGGACAAAGGGCAGCAGCGAUCAUGGAAGAAAUAGAAAAGAGCGGCACUGGAAGUGAUCAUGAUCAAGAACAAGCUGAAAAUACUUCCUUAGUUUCUUCUUCCCAAAAGGGUUCGUCCUUCGAUUUGAAUGAAGAAGCUAGCAGUGAUGAAGUCGAUGUUGGAAGUGCAGAGGUAGAUGAAAAGAGAACAGAAGGGAGUUCAUCAGCUAAUAAUAAUUCUUCCACUGAAAGAAAUGACCGCGGGACUACUGUUAGACAAUAUGUUAGGUCGAAAAUGCCUCGGCUGCGAUGGACUCCUGAUCUUCAUCUCUCUUUUGUUCAUGCUGUGGAAAGACUCGGUGGACAAGAGAGAGCAACUCCCAAGUUAGUUCUUCAGUUAAUGAACGUGAGAGGACUUAGAAUUGCCCACAUAAAGAGUCAUUUGCAGAUGUACCGAAGUAAGAAGCUUGAUGAAGCUGGGCAAGUACUAAGUCAUGCAUGCAGAUCGAUGCAGACAAGAGAUAGCAUUAAUCCAGGCAUGUUGCCCCAGGUUACCGCAGCUCCUCAACAACAUUUUAGAAUGGAAAAUGGUGGAAUUGUUUUAGCAAGAAAUUCUAUUCAUCAGAAUAAUACUUUUGGUCACAAUAAUCUUUGGCACUCUUCCUUCUCCCAAUCCCGGGAACCACUAAGUUUCAAAGCAAGCUUCUCAAGGCACCAACAUUGGAGUUCUGAUCAGCAUGAUGGGAGAAGGCAAAUGAGCAAUUUGAGAAGCAAAUUGCAAAUUGGGCCCCUGAGACCUAGUCGAUUUCUCGAGGAAAGGCGAUGGCCUCCAUUGGAAAUGAUUAAAAAUCGAUGGAAAGUUACGAAAAUUCCCCCCGAUUCUACCUGUCUUGAUACCUACUCUGAACCUGAAGCACAUCAAAUCAGUAACUUACCAAGGUCAGCUGGGGCAACCCGCUAUUGGAAGCCAGCCGAAAGAGAAGUUGUAAAUAAUACCAUGGUUAAGCAAUCUUUAUUCAACUCCCACGAUUCUCUCAGCAAUUUCAAUUGCUUUAAAGCAACGUUUGAGCCCGCAUUUCGGCUAGAGUUGAAUCAAGAUAAAGUGUUGAAGGAUAAUAAAGAAUGGUUGCCUGAUCUGCAGCUGAGGCUAAGCCAAAGGGUGGGAAUCGAUGAGAGUAAAAGUACCCUUUGUAGAAGCACGCAGAAACAGGAAAUAAGCACAAAGCUUUCACUUUCUUAGUGCCGAGAAGAAGAUUUUGAAAGAAAGCAUUCUAUACGAAUACACAUGCUGGUGCAGCAAGGCCCAAACAUAGAGGCUGAGUACUUGACAAUAUCUGACCAUAUAUGUAGAAAGAAAAGACAUAGGAGUGAGAUCUUUUUAAGUACUUGUCUUGGAGCUAGCUUUUGUUUGUCUUGUUGGAACUGAAUCAGUAGUUUGGGUGAAAGCCAAAUUUCCUAUACUGCUAAGAAGUAUUCUUCAUCAACAUGUGAAACAGAAAAAAGAAAGGAAAAAAAAAAUAUUGACUUUAUAUACAAAGGAAAUAUAUAGCACCAUGGCUAACAAGCUACGUGGCUAUAGUUAAUACGGAAA